AUGUUGGCUUUGGAAUUCUUGGAUUUGAGCUAUAACAAUCUUAGUGGAGAAAUUCCUAAGUCACUAGAAGCUCUGGUGUAUCUCAAAUACAUAAACUUCUCAUUCAAUAAACUUAGUGGAGAGAUUCCCACUGGUGGUCCUUUUGCAAAUGCGACAGGUCAAUCUUUCUUGUCCAAUCAUGGGCUUUGUGGUGAUUCUAAGUAUCAUGUGUCACCAUGCAUCAUCAAAUCUCAGAAAAGGUCAAAGAGAAAAAAGACAAUAUUGGUUUUGUAUGUCCUUUUGGGAAUGGGUAUGCUAUUUAAUGCAUUAGCCCUCGCAUAUGCAUAUUUAAGAUUUCUAAAGAAAAUGAAGAAUUCAGAUCAAGCAGGUGACUUUCCGGUAAAAGGGCAUGAAAUAAUUUCCUAUUAUGAACUUGAACAACCGACAGGAGGAUUUGAUGAAAACAACUUGCUUGGUAAUGGGAGUUUCCGCAUGGUCUACAAAGGGAUGCUCAAGGAUGGUACUCUUUUGGCAGCAAAGGUAUUCAACAUGCAACUGGAGGAUGCAUUCAAAAGUUUUGAUACAGAAUGUGAGAUGUUGUGCAAUCUACGUCAUCGAAAUCUGACCAAAGUCAUCACCAAGAUUAGUUAUAAUGAUGGAUGUUGUAUCUGCAAUGGUCUAUCUCCACAAUGGCUGUUCAAAUCCGGUGGGCAUUGUGACUUGAAGCAAAGCAAUAUCUCGCUAGAUCAAGAAAUGGUUGGCCAUGUCAGUGAUUUUGGCAUUGCAAAAUUUUUCGGUGCAGGGGAGACCUUUGUUCAGACAAGGACAAUAGCAACAAUUGGAUAUAUAUAUAUAUAUUUCUCCAGGUUUAGUAAUGGAGGAAACAUGGAAUUUGAUAGUAUUAGAGAGAGGAAGGAAGAAGCAGAGAGAGAGAAGAUGAGAGAUAAGAGAAUAGACUUGUGUAUUGACUGA